CAAUACACGACAGAAUAGAUAAGUUAUUCAUUAAUGUUUAAGUUUUGUUUUGCGGUCAUUUGUUUUGUUCAGAAACAUUUUUAUAACUAAAACUCCGUUAAAAUAGCCGUUAAAACAAGACGAUUCUUAUGUCGGACGUGACGUUGGGCUACUGAGGAAUGCGCGCGCUGAUCGGCUGCGAUUUGAAAUUUUCUUUGGCAAUCCAAACUAUUAUCGUCCAUGAAAGUACGCGUUUGAGAUAAAUACUUGUAUUGAAUGGGCUCAGCUGUUCUACAGUCGGUGCGAAGCUUUCACUCCUUUCUCCUUGGGCUUUGUGACCAAGAAAAGAAAGGAACACUAAAGGACCCCGUGCUGUUUGAGGAUGAUGUCCAAGUAUACAUUGUAGAUGAAGUGAAUAAAAGUCCCUUGCGUGCAUUCUGGAAGGAGAAUGCAUCGGUGUUCAUAGCAGAAAUGGCAUCACCUAAAGAGAAUGAAGACGACUUGGAAGACACUUUUAAUAAUGACAAUGAAACCAGGAAGGUAACAUCUAGUAAUUUAGAGGAUGUGGGUCCAUUGCCUCUAUCGGUCAUGAAAGCAAGACAAUUAGUUUCCUGGUACACCUUGGCUCAUAAUCCGCACAUGUCACAGAUGACCGGCUGUAUCGUGCCUACUACGUUUCCUUCGCUGUGGGUUAGAUGUGAUGCCUCUGACUCUGAAGGCACUGUUUGGUUUGGAGCGGAACCCAUUAAAACUGGGAAAGAGAUUGCGUCAAUGAUUUUCCACAUAGUCACAUGCUCUGGACCAAUUGUUGACAAAAACUGUUUCACAACCUUAGAAAGUUUGAAAACUACACACAAGGACAGACAUCAUUGUUCUGCUAUAUCGACCAAAGGCUAUGCACAGUAUGAUUUGUUUGGUGCCUCCAUUUUGGAGAAUACAAUCAUGGAUUCACAAAGUAAUAUUGUGGUGGAUUUAGCUUGGAACAACGUGGUGAAAAUCCUAGAAGCUCCCCGACAUUCAUCGGUUGCCACCCUGAAUAUCAAAAUGGAACCUGGUGACCAGAGAAGUCCCGUUUAUCAAAUAUAUAAGGAACUAGAAUUUCUCCUUGUUUUAGCUGAAGGACUGAAAACAGGUGAAACUGGGUGGCCAGAGGUUCUGGAAGAAAAAUCUGCAGUUGAAGUUGUGAAAGAAUUAAUCGAAGACCUGAAGAACCAAAUCACUGCUUCUCAACAUCAGCCAAAGAGAAUUGACACAGAGAAAUUGAGAAGUGAUGUAGCUGCUGUUGAAUCAACCAUCCAUUCGUCAUUUACUCCUGAACGUGGUGAUCUUGAUUUUGCGGAGCAGCUUUGGACUAGAAUGAGAGAAACUGUUUCUUCAUAUCGAGAUGUGGUAGAUUGCUUAAUGCUAGUUAUCCAACACUUAAAAUGCAAGGAUAUUCAACCAUGGAUUCACCGAGGGAGCAACAGUUCUCUCAGCAAAUUAAUCCAACAGUCCUAUCAAUCCGUUAUGCCUGCUGUCCAUAUUAAUGGACUAACUGCUAUACGAAUGCUUUUGGAGAUAGGUCUGGAUAAAUUGAGGAGGGAUUACAUAAAUUAUUUUAUCGGUCAAGAACUCACUACUUUGAAUUACUUGGACUACUUUGUGAAUUCCACUGUAAAUUUAGAAGAGCAGGUGCUCCGUCUCCAUAAGCUCCAUCACAUGCUUGAGCUGGUAGUGAGUUGCAGUGCUUUUCUCACUUUGAAACACGGAAAGCUCUUUGCGUUGACACAGUCCUGUUCUAGAUACUACAAGGACAAUCCACUAGAUGAACAACAUGUUUUCCAGCUACCAAUCAAUCCCAGCGCCAUUAAAGCUUUCCAUGAAAAUGAAAAUCCCAUCAUGUGGAGAAUUGAGAUUAUUAGUAGUCAAGGGCAAAAAGAAUUAAAGACGAUAUGGCAGGUGAACACCAAGCCACCUGUGGAUCAUAUUACAUUUACUACCCCAGAUCUGCAAACUGAUGACGCAACUCUGAGUAGCAAUUGUGAGGAAGCAUUUUAUUACAAUACAGUGAUUAACUGCAGUCAAGCACAUUUCAGCUAAAUCAUUGUAGGAAAAAGAUGCACUUAUCGCAGGAGCUUACACAUACCCUUCACCUCAAAUCUAUGAUAACACAAUUAAAUGUCUGAAAUGUCUCCCUGGAAUUUUCUGUUAUUUUUGCUGUUUAUGUAUUUCAUGUUGUUUGUUCUGCUUCUUUUAAUAAAACCAUAUUUUCUAAACU